AUGCGUCCCGAAGUCGAGCAGGAGCUCGCCCACACGCUCCUUGUUGAGCUGCUGGCAUAUCAAUUUGCGUCACCAGUGCGGUGGAUCGAGACUCAAGAUGUUAUUCUUGAGAAGAAUCGAACAGAGCGGAUUGUUGAAAUUGGCCCAGCAGAUACACUUGGGGGAAUGGCAAAGAGGACGUUGGCGUCCAAAUAUGAAGCCUACGACGCAGCUACUUCGGUGCAAAGACAAGUUUUGGCCUACAACAAAGAUUUAAAAGAGAUCUACUAUGAUGUUGACCCCGUCGAAGAGGAACCUGCUGCCGCCCCCUCGUCGUCCUCCGCUGCUCUAGCACCCUCUACUCCAGCGCCAGCAGCUGCAGUUCCGGCCGCGGCUGCUCCUCAGCCUGCAGCUAGCGCUGGUCCUGCUGCAGCUGUUCCCGAUGCGCCAGUCGGCGCUGUCGAUAUUGUGCGAGCUUUGAUUGCUCAGAAACUCAAGAAAUCUUUGACAGACAUCCCGCUGAGCAAAGCCAUCAAAGAUCUCGUUGGCGGGAAGUCGACACUGCAAAAUGAGAUUCUUGGUGACUUGGGCAAAGAAUUUGGCUCCACCCCUGAGAAGCCGGAAGAUACUCCUCUCGAUGAACUGGGUGCUUCAAUGCAGUCUACGUUCAAUGGCCAACUAGGCAAGCAAUCACAAUCGCUAAUUGCCCGUUUGGUUUCUUCCAAAAUGCCCGGUGGUUUCAACAUCACAGCUGUUAGAAAACACCUGGAGAACACUUUUGGUCUUGGUCCUGGUAGGCAGGAUGGUGUUCUUCUGCUCGCUCUCACCAUGGAACCACCGUCUCGUCUUGGCUCCGAGACUGACGCAAAAACUUAUCUUGCUGAUGUCGCUCAGAAAUAUGCCUCAACAGCAGGAGUCAGCCUGUCAUCUGCAUCAGCUGGCGGUGCCGCUGCUGGUGCAGCAGGUGCAGGCAUGAUGAUGGAUCCUGCCGCCCUCGACGCGCUCACGAAGGACCAGAGGACUCUUUUCAAGCAGCAACUCGAAUUGUAUGCUCGCUAUCUCAAGAUGGAUCUUCGUUCUGGAGACAAGGCAUUCAUUGUCUCUCAGGACACCAACAAGGCUCUCCAGGCUCAGCUCGAUUUGUGGAACACGGAACACGGAGAAGUCUAUGCCUCCGGUAUCGAGCCUUCCUUCAGCUCUUUGAAGGCCAGAAUCUAUGAUUCUUCGUGGAAUUGGGCUCGCCAGGAUGCUUUGAGCAUGUACUACGACAUUAUCUUUGGCCGCCUGAAGGUCGUUGACCGAGAAAUCGUCAGUCAGUGCAUUCGUAUCAUGAACCGAUCGAACCCCACUUUGAUCGAGUACAUGCAAUACCAUAUCGACAACUGUCCUACUGAACGAGGCGAAACCUACCAGUUGGCUAAAGAGCUAGGGGAACAACUCAUUGAGAAUUGCAAAGACGUCCUCAACGAAGCACCCGUCUACAAAGAUGUGUCUCUUCCCACAGGUCCGCAAACAACCAUCGACGCCCGCGGCAACCUUGAUUACAAAGAAGUGCCGCGGCAGAGUGCCCGCAAACUUGAGCACUACGUUCGUGAGAUGGCAGAUGGUGGAAAAAUCACCGAAUACAGCAACCGCACGAAGGUGCAGAAUGACCUUCGUCAAGUGUACAAGCUGAUUCGGAAACAACACAAGCUUUCAAAGACGGCUCAAUUGCAAUUCAACACUCUGUACAAGGAUGUGAUCCGCGCUCUAGCUAUGAACGAGUCUCAAAUCAUGCCGCAAGAAAAUGGCGAUGUGAAGAAACCCGGCCGAAAUGGCUCUUUCAGUCGAGCAACAGUGAACGGGACUAUCAAGCAAGGCAAGACCGAGACAAUUCCCUUCCUCCACCUCAAAAAGAAGGACCCGCAUGGCUGGGAAUACAGCAAGAAGCUCACCGGGGUCUAUCUUGAAUGCCUGGAGAACGCUGCUCGAUCUGGCCUCAGUUUUCAAGGCAAGAUGGCUCUCAUGACUGGCGCGGGCGCGGGUUCAAUCGGUGCUGAGGUCUUGCAAGGACUCAUCAGUGGCGGUGCCAAAGUUGUGGUCACCACUAGCCGCUAUUCCCGAGGAGUCACCGAGUACUAUCAAUCCAUGUAUGCUCGCUAUGGCGGCCGAGGAUCUCAGCUCGUGGUUGUUCCAUUUAACCAGGGCAGCAAGCAGGAUGUCGAGGCCCUCAUCGACUAUAUUUACGACACCAAAAAGGGCCUCGGUUGGGAUCUGGAUUACAUUAUCCCUUUUGCCGCCAUCCCUGAGAAUGGCCGCGAAAUUGAUAGCAUUGAUUCCAAGUCGGAGCUUGCGCACCGCAUCAUGCUGACCAACCUCAUCCGCCUUCUGGGCUCUGUCAAAGCCAAGAAGUUUGAAAAUGGAUAUAACACUCGACCCGCACAAGUAAUGCUGCCUCUGUCACCCAACCACGGCACCUUCGGGAAUGAUGGCCUCUACUCUGAAUCUAAGCUGGCUUUAGAGACUCUAUUCAAUCGUUGGCAUUCCGAGAGCUGGGGCGACUACCUCACAAUUUGUGGUGCAGUCAUUGGCUGGACUCGUGGAACUGGCCUGAUGAGCGGCAACAACAUCGUCGCCGAUGGAGUCGAGAAAUAUGGAGUUCGGACUUUCUCCCAGCAAGAGAUGGCUUUCAAUUUGCUCGGCCUCAUGUCUCCGGCGAUUGUUGACUUGUGCCAGACUGAACCGGUCUUUGCUGAUCUUAACGGUGGCUUGCAAUUCUUGCCAGACCUGAAAGACCUCAUGACUAAGCUGCGUGCUGAGAUCAUGGAGACAAGCGCUAUUCGACAAGCCGUCACCAAAGAGACGGCACUGGAGAAUAAAGUCGUCAACGGUGAAGACAGUGAAGCUCUCUACAAGAAGGUCACUAUCGAACCGAGGGCAAAUAUCAAGGUCCCAUUCCCUGAGCUUCCCAAGUGGGAGGCGGAUAUUCAGCCACUCAACUCGAAACUCAAGGGCAUGGUCGAUCUCGACAAGGUCGUGGUGGUUACCGGUUUCGCUGAAAUUGGUCCAUGGGGUAAUUCCCACACCCGUUGGGAGAUGGAGGCGUAUGGUGAGUUCUCGCUGGAAGGCUGCGUUGAGAUGGCAUGGAUUAUGGGGCUCAUCAAGAAUCACAACGGGCCUCUCAAGGGCAAGUCGUACUCCGGCUGGGUUGACGGAAAGACCAACGAGCCUGUCGACGACAAGGAUGUCAAAGCAAAAUACGAGAAGCACAUCCUUGAGCAUUCCGGUAUCCGGUUGAUUGAACCAGAGUUGUUCAAUGGAUACGAUCCCGCGAAGAAGCAGCUCCUACAGGAGGUACAAAUCGAGGAGGACCUAGACCAAUUUGAAGCCUCCAAAGAGAAUGCCGAAGAGUUCAAGCGACAACACGGCGAUAAGGUUGAGAUAUUUGAGCUGGAAUCAGGAGAGUACAGUGUUCGCCUAAAGAAGGGGGCUACCCUGCUCGUUCCCAAGGCUCUCAGAUUUGACCGUCUUGUUGCCGGUCAAAUCCCUACUGGCUGGAACGCGAAGACAUACGGCAUUCCGGACGACAUCAUUUCGCAGGUCGACCAGGUCACACUCUUCGUUCUUGUGUGCACAGUUGAGGCUCUCCUUUCGGCUGGCAUCACUGAUCCAUACGAAUUCUACAAGUAUGUCCACCUUUCAGAAGUGGGUAACUGUGUCGGUUCUGGUAUUGGUGGCACCACCGCUCUUCGUGGCAUGUACAAGGAUCGAUUCAUGGAUAAGCCUGUUCAGAAGGAUAUUUUGCAAGAGUCGUUCAUCAACACCAUGUCUGCGUGGGUCAACAUGUUGCUCCUGUCUUCGACGGGUCCGAUCAAGACACCUGUCGGCGCUUGCGCUACCGCAGUCGAGUCUAUCGAUAUUGGUUAUGAGACUAUUGUUGAGGGGAAGGCACGAGUUUGUCUGGUCGGGGGGUUCGAUGACUUCCAAGAGGAAGGCUCAUAUGAAUUUGCCAACAUGAAAGCCACCAGCAAUGCGGAUGAUGAGUUUGCCCACGGCCGUACCCCUGGGGAGAUGUCUCGCCCCACAACCACAACUCGAAACGGUUUCAUGGAGUCCCAAGGCUGCGGUAUGCAAGUCAUCAUGUCUGCCCGACUGGCUCUCGACAUGGGAACUCCCAUAUACGGCAUCAUCGGCCUGACCACCACCGCCACCGACAAGAUCGGCCGUUCCGUGCCAGCUCCUGGGCAGGGUGUGUUGACUACAGCCCGUGAAAAUCCUGGCAAAUACCCUUCGCCUAUGCUCGAUAUCAACUACCGACGGAGGCAACUUGACCUUCGAAGACGGGCCAUCAAAAACUGGCACGAAUCUGAGCUCUUGUACCUUCACGAGGAGGUUGCUGCUAUGAAGGCUCAGGCUGGCUUUGGCUUCAACGAAACCGAGUACAUGGAAGAGCGUGCUGCCCACAUCGAGCGUGAAGCCAUCCGACAAGAAAAGGAGGCCCAGUUCAGCCUGGGCAACAACUUCUGGAAACAAGAUUCUACUAUUGCUCCCCUGCGUGGUGCUUUGGCCACCUGGGGUCUGACGAUCGAUGAUCUCGAUGUUGCAUCUUUCCACGGUACCUCGACGGUGGCCAAUGACAAGAACGAGUCCGAGGUCAUUUGUCAACAAAUGAAGCAUUUGGGCCGCAAGAAGGGCAAUGCCCUGCUCGGCAUUUUCCAGAAGUACUUGACCGGUCAUCCCAAGGGUGCUGCUGGAGCUUGGAUGUUCAAUGGCUGCUUGCAAGUCCUGAACAGCGGUCUUGUUCCGGGCAACCGAAAUGCUGACAACGUGGAUCAAGUCAUGGAGAAGUUUGACUACAUUGUCUAUCCAAACCGGACGUUGCAGACUGACGGCAUCAAAGCCUUCUCCGUCACCUCAUUCGGUUUCGGUCAAAAGGGUGCCCAGGCGAUCGGCAUCCACCCGAAAUAUCUCUUUGCCACUUUAGAAGAAGCCGAAUUUGCGAGAUAUAAGGCGAAGGUUGAGGCCCGACAGAAGAAGGCUUAUAGAUACUUCCACAACGGCAUGAUCAACAACACCCUGUUUGUGGCAAAGUCCAAGGCACCUUAUCCAGAUGAGAUGAUGCAGCAGGUGUUCCUGAACCCCGAACAGCGGGUUACUGCAGACAAGAAAUCUGGCGAGCUUGUCUUCCCCGCUGCGCCCCCCAAGUCGUCUUCAAGCCCCAAAGUUUUGGAGACGAAGGUUCUACUUGAGUCUCUGGCCAAGGCAAGCGCGACUGAAGGCUCCAAGGUGGGCGUGGAUGUUGAAGACAUCCGAGCCAUCAAUAUUGACAACGAGACCUUUGUCGAGAGAAACUUCACCGAAAAGGAGCGAGCUUACUGCGACAAGGCCCCCUCUCCUCAGGCUUCAUACGCCGGACGAUGGAGUGCCAAAGAAGCUGUGUUCAAGUCGUUGGGGGUUUGCAGUAAAGGGGCUGGAGCUCCACUUCACGACAUUGAGAUUCUGAACGACGAGAACGGAGCACCCCAAGUUGCCCUUCAUGGAGCUGCCCUCGAGGCCGCAAAGUCGGUUGGCGUGAAGAACGUCAAUGUGAGCAUCAGCCAUAGCGACAGCCAGGCCAUCGCCGUUGCUGUGUCCGCCUUUUAA